AUGUCUGGAUUCUUUUCUCUUCUUCCCGACCUGCUUCCCAUGAUACUACCUUCCGAGGUACAAAUCACAAAAGCUUCUGAUCUUGAGGCUCAAAGAGGCGGGAAGGAUGCGCCCAUGAUUCGCCAGGGAGCCGUGAUCGGCAAGAGUGAUAGAAUGUGUGCUACCGUCCUGAUAGCCAAGCCCCGGUGUUCCUCGGCAGUACAUCACCAUGGCGAGCAAGAGACUAUCAUCUACGCCGCCUCAGGCAAGGGAAUGGGUCUGCAGGAAAAACUGACAAAUGAUAGAUUGGUGACUAGCUCUGGUGCCGACGAAGAACCCAAGAGACAUGAGCUCUCGCCAGGCGAUUUUGCUUUCAUCCCUCCCUGGACUGAACACCAAGAAAUCAACGAGACUGAUGAGAAUGUUGUGUGGAUCCUUAUCCGGAGUGGCCCGGAACCCGUGGUGGUCUACUUGACAGGUUGGGGAGGCGGCGAGGCAAAGGCUGAUUCAAUCGAUUGA